AUGGCUGCCAUUCCUGAGGGUGACUACGAAAAGGGAAAGAAAGUCUUCAAGCAAAGGUGUCUACAAUGCCAUGUAGUAGACUCUAAGGCGACGAAGACAGGACCUACCCUUCACGGGAUAAUUGGACGCAAAUCCGGAACUGUUGAUGGCUUCGAUUAUUCCGCUGCCAAUAAGAAUAAGGGAGUCGUUUGGACACGUGAGACCCUUUUCGAGUAUCUCUUAAAUCCCAAGAAGUAUAUUCCUGGCACGAAAAUGGUCUUCGCUGGUCUGAAAAAAGCCGAUGAACGAGCAGACUUGAUAAAAUACCUCGAGGUUGAAUCUGCUAAACCGAUUUGA